AUGUCGUGGCAGACGUACGUCGACGAUCACUUGAUGUGCGACAUCGACGGCCAACAUCUCACGGCCGCGGCCAUCCUCGGUCACGACGGAAGUGUGUGGGCUCAGAGCUCCAGCUUCCCUAAGUUUAAGCCUGAAGAAAUUGCGGCGAUAAUGAAAGAUUUCGAUGAGCCAGGGUCUCUUGCCCCUACUGGAUUGCACCUUGCUGGCACAAAGUAUAUGGUUAUUCAAGGGGAGGGAGGAGCUGUAAUUCGUGGAAAGAAGGGUUCUGGUGGCAUUACUGUGAAGAAAACGGGCCAGGCUAUGAUUUUCGGUAUAUACGAGGAGCCCUUGACACCAGGGCAGUGUAAUAUGAUCGUGGAGAGGUUGGGAGACUACCUGAUUGAUCAAGGCCUGUAG